AUGGCUGGGAAUACAGCCGACCCUGCUGAGACCCGGGCUGAACCCAAACUCACCAAGAAGCAGCUCAAAGCCCAAGAAACAACCACUGGUUGCAGCUCGGCACCAUGGAAUAAACCCAACUUCAGUGCAGAACUCCCGCCUGAUCUCAAGUCAAUGCAGUCUCUGACAGAGUGCCAGCAGCUUCUUCAAAUACUGGCAGAGGAAGUGAACAGCAUCGGUCAGGUGAAGCGUGUCAGUGAGAAGGCUGCACCAGGGGGGGGCAGCAGAGAGCCAGGAAGCCUGCAGAACAGCAGGAGGCUGAUCCUCAAAUGGGCUGAGGAGCUGGAACUAAACAUGGUAAAAAAGGAAACCAAGCCAACAGAUGAAAACAAAACAAGAAGAGAGGAUCCAGGAGAAAAAGGGAAGACAGAUCUGGAAAAAGACAAUGAAAGGCUUCAGCAGUGGGCAGUGGAGCUGAUGAAAAUCAAAGAGUCUAACGGCGUGUCUGAUGAGGAACUGAAGAAGCUGCUGUAUCCCAGAGGACGCAAAGAUUCAAAGAUGGCCGCCAUCCUCCCUCUGCUGGAGUUUGUGGCUUGGUCCCUGCUGUCAGAGGACACUGAGGAGGCUGUAUCCAAGCUGUGGCUGCCAACCAAACAGAAGGCCUGGAGGACAGGAAGUGGAAGCCCCAGAUACAUUCCUAACUCAGUGUGGGAGUGGAUUCAGAGCGCCCAAGUCUCGGUGCGGUUGGACAUCAGAACCAGUCAUCCCUGGCUGGAUGUGUCCUCAGAUUGCCUGAAGGUCCGAGAGGCAGCAGUGUCCUCCACGUAUGUCCCAAACUACAGCCAACAGUCUGCUCAGAGGCCCUGUGUGCUGGGGGACAUUGUCAUCACCGAAGGGAGACACUAUUGGGAGGUGGAGGUGUCCCCUAAGGGCAGCUGGAGAAUAGGUGUGGUGUCAAAGACUGCUCCCAGGAAUCUAAAGUCCACCAUGACUCCCAUAAGUGGAUACUGGACCCUGUGGAGGGGCGCCAGUCUGUGGGCCUGUACCGAGAGACCCACUAAGCUGCGGAGGGCGGCUCCCCCCCGAGUGAUCGGGGUGUUUGUGGACUCUGAGGAGGGUCAGGUGUCUUUUUAUGAUGCUGAGAGAAGGGUUCACAUUUAUACUUUCUCUGACGUUUUCAAACACAGCCUCAUCCCUCUGCUCAGCUACCUGGAUGGAGAAACGCUCCUUAAAAUCAUCCCAGCACAGAUUCCAGAGAAGAUGUGACUAAUAUGAAUCAAUGUGACGAAAUCAGACAUCGUGGUCCUAGAGGAAUAUUGGCCUUGAUUUCAAUAUAGUAGAUUCAA